AUGGCAACGUGUCUUGUCCUGGCCGUCGUAGCUAUGCUUUGUGCAGGAGCUACAGCGCAGUCAGGUUGUACUAGUGUAUUGAUCAGUCUGUCACCCUGCCUCAGUUACAUGACCGGAAAUUCAUCAACCCCAUCUCAACAAUGCUGCACACAGCUAGCUAAUGUUGUGCUUUCUUCACCACAAUGCUUGUGCGAGGUCCUCAAUGGUGGCGGUUCAUCACUGGGGAUAACCAUCAACCAGACUCAAGCUUUGGCCUUACCUGGCUCAUGCAAUGUUCAGACUCCACCCAUCAGCAGCUGUAAUGGAAAUAACUGA